UAUAAAUGGCUAGGCCCAGCUGCUGUUCUGCUUCAUGCAGUGUUUCACAUACUGAUCACAUACAUACGUAUUGCCUUUUGCCCGAUAGGUACGUUUUGCCAAUGUAUGUACGUAUGUUUCGUAUUUCGUGUUCUUAUAAUAAUAGAACAACAAAUACAAACAACAACAAUCUGUUAAAGUUAUUCUAAUAUGUGUGAUGUUGUGGAAGGGCAAUUGAAAAGUUUUGUAGAAAAAUACUGGUACGACAAGGUGAAGUUUCCUGUCAACAACAGAGUUACUGCUCACAUCAUGAAGAAGGCAGUGGAUAUGGAGAGGAUCAAUGAUCCAACCUGUCAAUAACGGAGUUACUGCUCACAUCAUGAAGAAGGCAGUGGAUAUGGAGAGGGUCAAUGUUCCAAAAGAUAUCACCCCAGCAGCUUUCUGUGAGUUUUUUAAGAAGAAGGUAGUCACUGUACUUGGCACAUUGAGACAUAAUUCACAAACCUUGGCUCGGAAAAACUGGCUUGGUAAGUUGCUUUUUGGUUUCCUUUCUGUACUAUUAUUUCCCCCACUAAAGCAAGUUUUUUGUUACUUCCUAUGAUUUGUUACCUGAACACAGCUGAUUAUGAUAAGAACAGAGUACCAGCCUCCUUCCCAGGUACUGUUGGAGUGAUUGAAGACCCAGACUACAGUGGCUGGGGGAGUAUAAAUCCUGACUACAGGAAAUACAAGGAUUCUGAGAAUGAAGAAUUCUAUUAUUUUGUGACCAGAAUCUUGUCUGCCGUCRAUCCAACRAAAAGUAACUUCAAGCAAAGGAAAGACAAAGAUUUGCUCAGUGAGAUCUUCUCAGUCACUGAUGAGGYAUUUGCUUUAAUAUUGAUCUUCAAUGAACACCAUGUUUGGGAGAACCAGAAGCAGAGGAAGAUAAAUCCUGAGAUCCGCCGUAGGAAGAAAAGGUAUUGCAAUGCUGAGAGUGGCAAUAGCAGGGAUGGUUGGAUGGAGGAAGGAAAGGACUUGUUUAAUGAAUUAUGUGAAAAGUAGCAAAGCUACGUGAGGAUCAUACUACAGGGAACAAGGAGUUAGAGACAAAGAUGAGAGAGAGGUUCAGGAAGGAGAGCGGUAAUUACAAGAAACGCAGUAGCAGCAAUACUACUGGUAUUAGUAAUAAUAGACCAAAAAGGAAAAAGCAGAGUAGCUAUAUUGAUCCAGCACUGAGAGCUUCUCUGCUCAAGGAUGGUUUGGGUGAUAUACCAGCAGGAUCAUCAGAUGCAGAAGAAACAGAAAAGGAAGAGGAGGAUCUAGAAUAAAAUUGAAUAUCAAUAGUAGUAUAUAUUACAUAUUUUGAGAAUCUAUUUAUUCUACCAGUAGUAUAGAGCAGUAGUCCAGAAUUAAAAAAAAAGGAUUGGGAGUAAUAUUCUGUAUGCAAGAAUUUACAUUUUGAAAAUAGAUUAAAAGAAACUGGAGAAAGGAAUUGAUGACAAUAGUAAAAAAGUUGACAAUUGAGUCUUUUUUGGGGGUCACGAUGUGAUCGUGACAAAAUAUUAUUUUGUUACGGGUCUUGGAAAAAUUUCAUUCAUUAAUGGAAUUAUUUGGUUCGCGCGACAUGCACAAAUGAAUUAUUUUUUUCAACGUCACGAAGAAAAAUAAAAACGGUACUGUCUGUUAAAGUGGUCAACAGUGUGGACACGAUAGCAAAGGAAUAACAGGGUGUAGUUUUUGCCGCGCGUGCUAAAAACACGCAUAUCUCUCGGACGUGGUUCAGAUUUGAAUCGCGUGCUGAAAAAAUAAAAAAAGGGUAGUUUGUCGCUUGCGUGAUGCAAGCUCAACAUGUACUUAGACCAUAAAAACUGGGUCGUGUUCAGGUAUGCGACGGGUUGCGAUGGGGGGUUUGCUACGGGUCGCGGAUAGUUUUUGUGCCGUAAGACGUGGUCCCCCACCACCACCGUCACAAAACCUGCACCACACGCCUCAGUACUGCUGAGCCUUAUGUACUACAUCAACGAAGUUGUAUUUGUUAAGCUGUAACUGCUUAAAGGUUGGAAAGUUUUACUACUAUUAAGAAGUAAAACUGAGAGUUUUAAAAAAUCUGGGGGGAUUUUGGGAAAAUUUCGACCAAAGGGGGAAUAUGAGUUUUCGAUGCGUUGCGCGCCCCUCUAAAUUAUGACCCGGUUCCUGCUUCGUUGCUUCCGCUAAUUGCUCGCUCUGCGCGCGUCAGGUGAUACUCAAUUCUUUUCAAAAAUCGCGUAGUUACAGUACGCGACGUUGAAAAGUCAGAAAUUAAUAUCACAACAGCUAUCAAAUCUGUCGUUUGUUUUUCAAUUUCGGGAAUACUACCGAUAACCGCAAAACCUCAUCGUUUGGACGAUUCCUCACCAAUCAGUACAAGUACAAGUACAAGCGCAUACGUAUCCAUCCAUUCGAAAACAUGUUCGAUGAGAACCAUACAUACUACUCCUACUCCACAACGAGGGACCUUGGAAUCAAUUAGAGCACAGGGUGAAUAACGAGGUGAUAACAAGAUACACCGCUGUAGACCGGAGUCCGCAUCUCAUAAAAUCGGAUCACAUCACACUUAGCUACGCCAUACGACACGUAGCAUGAAAGGCGACUCCGAUGAAUCAUCGUCGUCAUCGUCGUUGCCAUCCAUGCUUACCGCUGUUGAUCACCGAAGGCUCAAUCAAAGGAACCACAACAUUUUCCUUAUGGCCGUAUUCGACAACAGUGAUACUGCACCACACCACACAACAAAUAAUGUGAAUAAGAGUCAUUCAGAUGAGUCAUCAUGGUCGUCAUCAUUAUCAUCUACGCUUCCUGCUGAAAGCUACAGGCAAUUCCGAAGGAAAGACAACAUUUUCCAGAGGACUAAUGGGGACACUCAUCACAAGAAUAACAUCUAUUCGUCAGAAUCCAAAAAGAGGGUGAGAGAAAGAGCAACUGUAGCAACAAAAAUAUCAGUAAGGAGCCGAGAACAAGACGAUGAGAAUGAUGAUUCUUUUUCUUCCGUCGUAACAAAGCAGUCAGCCUCUUCAGCAACGUUGCAAACUUUUAAGCACUAUUACCACCCGCCUGAUGAUUCAUUGUUGACGCAAACAUUGCACUUCGAUGACUUAAACGAAGACGCAUUCAACAACAAUCGCAUUGGUCUAGAUAAAGGCGAAUCAUACGCCUCUCUCACGAACAGUGGUGACAUGGAUGUCCAAACCAGGGUUUCGUCGCUCCCAUCAUCUGUUGUCGAAAAAAAAUCUUUCUAUACCUCGGAAGAGCUAUUGGACCUGUUCGAGCCCUUCUGUCCAAAUUUUUCUUUGCCGGGCAAACUCGAUAGCAACUUUAACAAUAGUUUAUCACGAACAAAGAUGACAUCACAGCUGGCCGGAACACUCUUCCAGACCUUGCCAUUUCGCGAAAUCAGGAACAACAAGAUCAAAACGGUUAAUAUAACUAGCAGCAAUAGUAGCAAGCUAAUAGACGAGUGGAUUUGGGGUAAUAACAAUGACAAAAUGGGAUACGCCGCGGGGGUGAUGUCAUUUUGGAUAUUUGUUAGCCUGGGACUAACGCUUUGGUGGCUACUGCUGUGGCAUUUUGUGGGUCGCGAGAAGAAUGAAUCAAACCGCAGCUAUGCGAAUGUCGAGGGGUUGACCUCAGAAUGCGACGACUUCAAUGGCAAUCCAGACGCUGGGGAUGAGAAAAAUACGGAAGACCAAAUCGAGGAGGAUUUCAUUGCUGCAUCUACAAAAAAUUACAACGAGUUCGACAACAAGAAGUACAGUAACACGAUCGACAUUUUUUCUCCCACAGAAACAGGAAUAGAAGAACGAGAGGAUAUUUCAGAUUACUUGAACUCGCCGACUUCACUGGAGGUGCCAAGGGAUGCAAGGUUGAAGAGUAACAGCAAAGAAAACCAAAAUGGACACCAAACUGGCAACAAAUACGAGUACAGUGAUGAUUGCGCUCAUUGUCACGACAAUGAACACGAGACCGAUUUCAAUAAGGAAGACAUUGCUCAUGCUGCUGAUAUGAAUAUCACAAACAUCGCUAGUAGUUAUCAAACGACCCCCGGUAAGAGCGGAGCAAGCAGAAAUCACCCGUUUGGAAAAGCGCAACGAAAGCGAGAUGGAAACAAUAGAAGCAGCAACCAUAACACCGAAGGCGAUAGAAUGACUAUUAUCAGCGACUGUGACACGCCCAGUAGCUUUGGUGUCAGCAGUACUCAAACACCUUCGAUGACUCAAAGAACAUUCUCGGCAAAAAAAUAUUUUGAAAUCCCAGAGGGAACGGAAACCGUUAACAGUGAAGAUCACCAAUCCAUUGUGGACUUUGAUUGCAGCUCGAAAAGAAAACACCAGAGCUUUGGCUACCUCGCCAAGGGCGAGGAUAGCGAAAAUAGUGUUAGUGCAAAGGAUAACAACGAAAGCGCCGGAAUUGCUCGAACAAAAAAAUCUCUUCUUCCGUCCUUUCUUGGAGAUGUGAUCUUCAAAAGCAGUUACAACAGGAUCUCAUCGCGAGAUGAGGAAGACGGCCGAUCUUCAGAGAAAGAACACAAGGGUGGUUGUCCAGAACCUUCGAAUUCUCUGUCUUCCUCAUCUCCACUAUCGUUUUUAAAUAUGCAAGAGCAAGAGGUUGAACAUUUGCUAUUCCAAAAAAUUCCGAUAAUGCCAAUUCUAUCUGAUUUGUCCAUGCCUCCGGGUUUGUCGGAAUCUUCCGUUGCAUCCUCUUCUCUCACCAAUAGCGAUAUUUCACUUGCUGUGUUGGCAUCGGACGAUAUAUAUACUGGAAAUCACUAUGCGUUUACCGAUACUGCUGACAAACUAAAUUAUCGCUACACCGCAAGGAAUACCACCACUAGUGCAAAAAUGAAUAAAGAGGCACCAACUGCACCAACAAUGCCAGUAUCAACAGGUAUACGCCCCGUUGGAAAAAACGCCAAAGCAGUGAAUGAUUCUGCUGUGAUUUCUUCUGCUUAUUUGUCUUAUUGUUUCGAUGACGACCACCAAGAUUGUAUUUUGAAACGAGAAAGCAGCGACGAGACUUGUCCAAGUUUUGCAAGCAGUCCUAUGAAGAAAGCAAUAUUCGGUUCGUCUUCGAGGGAGAUAGGGGUCACCAAGUGUGGACACAGAACAAGAAAACAAACAGAAAGGAAGUUGCAAUACAACAAAGAUGACGAAUCUUCGCUAAUAUUUCCAUCCCUCUCAUCCUCCUCAUGCCCGUCGCCUCCUCCAUCAGAUCUUUCCAGAAGGCUGCGAGAACUUUCCAUGAAGUCGUCUCUGUCAUCGGUAGGACGAUCGUCAUCGUUGUUUUCUAUACCAAGCCCCACGACACCAAUAACCAUCGCAGGUAGCUACCUAGGGGACAGGAACAGCUUGUCUGAGUCUCCUUCGUCACAAGGCUAUCGCAGGUCUCCCACACUAUCCCCUCCAGACCUGGGGGAUUUUUACAAUAUUAACCAACCUAAAGGUUUUCUGAAUUCAACGCCGGUUCCAAAUCAGUUAUGGCUGACAAGAAACUGGAACGAAAGUAAUAGCAAGAAAGAUAACGAUAGUGAUGGUGAUAGGGAAACGUCGAAUAGUACCAAUAUGUGGACCGAGAAAUCAGACACAGGUGUUAGUCAUCAUACCAUGGAAGAGAUAUCGGUUCGAAACGGAAAUUAUGACUGCAGUGUUUUGUCUUCUCAAAUUUAUGGCAGUAGUGUCAGCGAAGCACCUAUGCCAACACAGCAAAGCGAAACGGCCAACACAUUGAAAAGAGAGCUGCGACGGCAAGAAUCAAUGUUUCGGCUCUUUGACUAUGACGAUGGGAACACGACCGUCGAUUUAGUGGCAACAACAGACGAUAGCAGAAGCAGUACGAGUGCUACUUUCAUUCACAAUGCAGGUCUUCAAACGAAGCCCCGUGCUUCUUUUGAGAGCGAUUGUUUGGCAAGGGACUUUGCCAAUACGAACAAUCUUAGUCCCAAUGCUUCAAUCACUCAUCACAGCAUGACUUGCGAUAUUUUGAAGAAAAUCAAGAAUGCCUCGCCGAGUGCGUCCUUUGUCAGUGGCGUAGUUGGAUGGAGUGAAGACGGGAGGACCGCAAACACAAAGAGCCAGAACAAAAGCGAGGGCAAGAUAUCUUCGUCUUCAAAUCCCCACGGUUCAACCUCAAGCAACCGAACUAACAGCAACAGAAGGAAGAGUAAAAGAAACAAUGAUGUAAGCAGAAUUUUUAACCGGGAAAUCAACCCCUUCGAGUACGACCGGAAAUUUAUGAGAGCGAACAGCCGAGAGGACAAAGAAAAUAGCCUUCGCACCAACACAAAUGGAAAUAUCCACAGUAGAAAAAGGUCUUUCACUCUACUGCGAUCGCCAUUUACAUCGCUCACUCCUCCUAAAGUCAACUUUAAUAAACGUCCGUCGGAUCAAGAUUUGUUAAAUUUGUCUGAAAGCUCUACAGGGGUAGGACCAUUCAAAUCCAUUUCUGUACCCAUGGUAUCGCCAUCAAAAUGUUCCAUGAAAUUGUCGAGUUACAGUAGCAAUUUACUCAAACGAAAGCGACGACUCGAAGCCUUUGCAAAAUCCUGGAAAGAUUCUUCCAACAUGAGUAGCAAGCAUUAUUGUUACGAUCCCAGAGCUCGAAUCAAACGAUUAAAGGACUUCAUCAACACCGCUGAUAGCGAAAAAUCUACCGAUACAGCGUCUCUGUAUGCAGACUCGAAGAUAGGAGCAAGGAAGGGCGACAGUUUCGAAACAGUGCAAGCUAACUAUACGAACAGUUGCGAUACUAGAAGGAAGACGAACAGUGACAUCGACAACUGCUCGGUUCUUCCUCCAGAUAAUCCAUUCGAAUCAGUGUUGUCCAAUCCCGACCAUCACAGUUCCAUCGAUUGCCAUGCCAAUACGGUAUUUCAGAGUAUUGGCGUUUCUCUUUCGUCGGGUUCUGGGAAACAGCUUAUCCAUAAAAUUAUUUUUGCCGGGUCUUGUGUCUUCUUGAUUGUAUCUGUUGCUCUGUUCGCUGUUCUGGGUUUUGCUGAGCUGCACAAAAGUAUGGAGUCCCUCGAGUCUCAGUGGGAAGACCUCCAACUAGAAGCCAUGAUUCCCGCGAUGACGAUUGAUCUAAAUGCUAUGGCAGACAAAGGCAUCACAGAUGACGGGAACAAACAAGACGACAGCGAAGGCGAUCCCAUCGUGACGAUGUCACUUACUGAACUUGAUCGCAAGAGCCAAACCAUGUACGUCCUUCUCGGCGAUCACUGUCCAAAGGUUCGCCCAGCUUUAUGCAGCAGCAACGAUUUGCCUUUUUCUUUUUCACCAUCAUCAUCUAUGUGCCAUUUGCACGACUUGCCACUUGGAAAGUCCUGGAUGGAGUGGCUGGAUGCGGUAAAUGGGGACAGGUCUUUCCCGUCGCCCCAUCUGCCGAGUGGCGAAGAUACCGGAGGGGGCGGCAACAAAGAUAACGACAUCAAAAUGUCGAAAUCAAAUUCAACUUUCUCGCAACAAGAGAAAGGGCGAUACAAUCGAUUCUUACGGUGGCUAGAUCGCUCGCGGGACGAAGCUGCCGCAUUUUUUUCAAGUCAAGACGAUCGGAUUCAAGAUGUACUUGCGGCUGGAACAUGGAUCCUAUGGUUGGCCUUAUUCACAAACCUCGGGCUUGCUGUUGUCGCUUCCGCCGCUCUAGUACAAUUGGUUGGGGGUGCAAGGGGUGCACCAUGGUUGCUGGCACCCAACAUCGGUAGCAGCAGUUACUGCGUUUGUUUUCCACAAACACCAAAUCCCGACACCAAAAAAGUUCUGUUCGCUAUCUUUUGGACCUUAGCAGUAUUGAGCUGGAUCGUUGGCAUGUGCUUCUCGAUUGCUGCGGUUGUUUCCGUUGACCUUUGCGUAAUCGAAGAGGAUGUGGGAGGAAAUUCCAACAACAUUUACAAUAGCAGUACCAACUCUUUUGCAAUCGAACUUAUUGACCGCUGGCAAUCGGAAGAGGAUUACGAUAGACUCUUUGACGACGUGGAUGGACGAGCGGAACAUACAAAUAUAUCCGACGAAUAUGGAGGAAACUAUAACAACGAUAAUGACUACAAGGUAUUAUCCAUUGUGGACAUCUGGAAGCUCCAGCUACAUCGGUGUGCCCCUACGAAAGGGGGCCAAGACGCAAAUGUAAAUCACAAUUAUUCUGUUCCGACCCAGGAGGUCCUCGAAGAUCUCGCCCGCUUGGCAGGGCCUUCCAGGACGCUCGCCGAUGGACUGAAUACUUUCUCAUCGUCUGGCAUUUACGAGAACAUCUGUGGAAGAGGUGGGGGAGUCGCUCCUCUCGUGGACGCCUCAGAGGAUAUGUCACUGCAGGUUUGUAUUGAUGCUCAAGCCUUUGCGGAGAUACAUCUAGAAUGGACUCCACCACCGACGUGCGUUCGCCAGGAGAACAGCAGCUUGAAAGCCUUCGAUGCCCCGCGAUGGAUUUCAAUCUACGACAACCUUUUGCAGAAUACUGUUUGUCGCCAAGGCCUAUGGGGACUGGCCUGGGCAACUUGCACGCAGAUGCUGAUAUUGGUAUUUGUGUUAGUCGUCUGGAACUUCCGGUUUGCUGUAACAAGCGUCGCCUUGUGACGGGGAAAGGUUCAACCGUACCAUGCGGUACCUUAGAACGACCGUACUGCACUGUAUGAUAAUCUCCGGUCUCCACUCGUCAUUUUUAGCACCGGCUCCCCCUGGGCUCUGAUCGUGAAACAAUGACACACAGCAGUAUUCUUAACACUAUGACCGAGCAUAUCCCCAAAGGGGAUCUCAUUGGAGGCCUUUCUGGAGCUGUCGUGGCUAUCUUAUUGAACUGUUUGGGGUCGAAAAAUUACUGCACUGUAGUAACCAAUUCGUAAGCAAUCAGUAGUACAGUGCCGUGCAGUAGUGACAAUUCUCUAUUCCUCAGGAAUAUAACUACUAGUAGUAUUAGUGCUGCCAGGAGAAGAUGUACUAGUAGGAGGAGAUGCUUAUAUAGUACUGGGUUCUUCCUCUUUGUUAUUGCUUGUGUUAGUAAAAGAAGCUAGUACUAGUAGUAGUAGCUAGUAGUCACAAUAAGUUUUUUUCAAAAAUUAAUACUUCUAGUAGUACUAGUAGUAUUUUUGAUGAAGUUCUUAGUGAAUAAAGCUUGGACAGUUUUACUGGUGUUAUGCAAGAGCCGUAGGAAGUAGAGCAUUUAUCGAGAGCAUGCGCGCACUGAGAAUAUAUAGAAUCUGAUGGC